CGGUUGAGUGUGAUGGUAGAGAUGUGUGUGGUGCUGUAUUUGGCGCUGUGCUGUUUUAGUUACUGCAUCUCCCUGAUCUUUAUUUACCGCAGGGCGAGGCGGCGCCGGGGGCUCGGGUCUCUGCGGGCGGGCUCCGGCUCGGUCCGCGCGCUGCUCGUCACCGCGCAUCCGGAUGAUGAGUGCAUGUUUUUCGCCCCCGCGGUUUUACAGCUCGUGCAGUCCGGCGCGGCUGUGCGGCUGCUGUGCCUGUCCUCAGGAAACUACUACAACCAAGGUGCCCAGCGUAAAAAGGAGCUCCUCGCCAGCUGUGCAGUUUUGGGAAUUCCAGCCAGUCAUGUCACUGUUGUGGAGAAUAAAGAGCUUCCAGAUGACCCAAAGGCAGAGUGGAGUACAGCGCUGACCUCCAUGCUGAUCCACAAACACAUCAAAACUCAUUCCAUUAACAUGGUGCUGACGUUUGAUGAGGGAGGAGUCAGUGGACAUACCAAUCACAUCGCCAUCUACAGAGCUGUCAGCCAUCUAGCAUCUUCCAGGAGAAUACCAGAAGGUUGCCAGGUUCUCACUCUGCGCACCAUCAGCAUCCUAAGAAAGUACCUCUCGAUCCUUGAACUGCCAAUCAGCUGGAUGUUAUCAUCUUCGGCCUGCUGUGUUGUAGGAGCAGAGGAAUACAGGAUAGCUAAGGAAGCCAUGCUGUGUCACCGCUCCCAGCUGCUGUGGUUCCGCCGGCUCUACAUUCUCUUCUCACGCUACAUGUUUAUCAACACCUUCAAAGCCGUCGCCGUGGAGACCAAGCACGUGAAGAUCUAUUAACUGAAGACUGGUGAUUCAGGUUCUCUCUGAAAUACACUGAUACACUGUGCUUGGUUCUGUAAGACCAAAACCUAAAGCACUUAAAUUUGCACUAUAUUACCAAGAGUAUUCGCUCUCCCUUCAAAACCAUUAAACAGUAAGGUUUUAAUCACUUCUAUAUACACAGGUGUAUAAAACUAAUAGUAUAGUCAUGCAGACUGCUUUUACAUUACAUUACAUUACAUUAGUGAAAGAAUGGGUCUCAGGAGCUCAGUGAACUCCUCCAGCACUGUGGUACAGUGAUAGGAUGCAGCACCUGUGCAACAAAAAGUCCAGUUGUGAAAUCUUCAGGCGAGCGAAUACUUUUGGCAAUAUAGUGUAUAUAAAUAAACACUACACUGCAUCCAUUUCACAGAAUUGUAUUAAGGCUAAACUGUGUUUGUAGGUCAUUUUAUGGUUUUCAGUACAGUAGUGUUGUCUUAUUACAUAAAAGUAAAAUGCAAAGUGUGUGCUGUAUAGACUUAAAGAGAGUAAACCCAGUAGUUCUUGGUCAAAAUGUGACAUUUUUUUGCCAUCAGCUGCCGGAGCCCUGAGAGAGCACAAUAGGGCCUUGCUCUCUCUUGGUGGGUACAGUUGAUGGCGCUCUUUUCUCUCAUCACUCCAAAGGGUGAUGUUGAUCAGCACAAAGCGUCUGUGAGCUGAUGUAUCAGAACCAAGUCGUUGCGCUUUCCUACAAGUGCACUGUGAUGCUACUCGGUAAUGCUCCAUCAGCAGCAGUUUGAAAAGAGGCGGAGUCUGACUUUGCAUGUAUCGGAGGAGGCAUGUGUUAGUCUUCACCCUCCUGGUGUGUUUGGGGCAUCAAUAGCGAUAGGGGGAGUCCUAAUGAGUGGGUUGUGUAAUUGACCGUGUAAAUUGGGGAGAGAGAAAAAGAGACAUUUUGAAUAUAUAAUACCUGUCAAAAGUUUGGACAGACCUUUUCAUUCAGUGUUUUUCUUUAUUCCAUUAUUUAAUUUAUUAAUAAUAAAGACAUUAAAACAAAAAUUAAGGGACACAUAUUGAAUUAUGUAGUAAACAGUAAAAGUAAGUAUUUGUCCUCCACAUUAAUCCCCAGAUCUAAACCUGAUGAACUGAGAUGGUGAUUUGAGGUGAUUUAAUUGGGAUGAGCUGGAGCUUCAAAGCGUGAAGAAAAAACAGCAACUAUUAUUUCAAAAACAUAAAACUAAAGGAAUGAAAAGAGGUGUGUCCAAAUUUUUGACUGGUACUGUAUACACUGUGAUUAUAUCAUCACUGUCAAAAAACUAAAAUAAAAAAUAGGACUAAUCUUAAUUUUUUGCCCUUUUUUUUUACUUAACAGACAUCAUAUUUUUAAAAUAAAAAUCCUAUUAAAAUGAGAACGUAUGAACAUCCACAUCUGUAUGAGGUAGUAAGUUGUGAGGUGCUAUCUUGCGAGUGAGUUUGAAUACUGGUCAGUGUGUUUCACAGCAAAGUGACAUGAAUUCACAUAUAUACUUAAAUACUUAAAGAGUUAAGGUGAUGUCUAAUAAGGCAUGCCGGAUGGAUGGGACAUCUCAUAGGGGCAUAGAAGGCAUUAUCACCCACAGUGGACAGCACAGUAGGUGGUAAUGAUCGCGACCAGUGGCAUCUGUCUAGAAGUGUCCGUAUGAGCAGUGAAUUGACUUGCAAAAAAAAAAAAAAAAAAAACAGAUCCACAUUCAAUACAAGAGACCUUACUCGCACAUUCUACAGCUCAGGGCAACAUUCCUCAAUGUUCUAGUUCCUGUCCCAUGACUUUUGGCACGUGUGCAUGUGUGUUUGACCAAGCAUUCUGAUCAUGGACUACUAAAUUCAUUCUAAUGUUAUACAAUUCCUUUGCAGGCAAAACACUGAGAAACUCAUGAGAUAAUCAGGCCCUUUUCAUGACUUAUUACUAUGAUAAAACAAAUAAAAUGUCAAUACUGACGCUAAAGCACACACACACAAAUCUCAGCCAGUAUAAUUCUGUGAAAUAGAUUAAACUAAGCUUUAAUUUUGAUGCAUUUACAGAUCCUCUUAUCUACUGUUACUGUAAUCCCUUAAAGCCCCGUUCACACUUCCCAAUUCAGACAUUCAGAGCAUGUAAAGCCUUUCACACUCCAUAACCCUAUAGAGUUUCACUUCUCUAGAAUAACAAUACAAUGCUUUUUACAUUCAAAUAUUCCCCUCAACUUUUAACUGAACGUCCAGAAAGGCUCUGUAUGGCUGUAGGGAGGGGUCUGUGUGAACAGUGCUUUCUUUGUUCUGUACUGUUUUUAAUGCAGUGUUCUCAUACUGUGCCAAAAUGCAAUUUGUUUUGCAUUGAAUGUAUAUGUGAAUACUGUCUGUAAAUAGUUUGUGUUCAUGUUCUUUCUAUUGAGUGCACAAUUUCCAGAAUAAAUACUUCCAUUUGAACGUGGGACUAA